UUCCUGCCUUCAGCCCCCCAGCGAUUCGCGUGAGAGAUCAAAGAGGGGAAAAGGCUAGGGUUUCUGCAGGCUACUUCGUUCAGAGGUACUCAAGAAAAAAAUAAAAUAAAACUCCAACCUUAAUGGGGACAAGAGAAGUCUACGAGGAGAAGCUCCGAUCCGCUAACUUGCACUACGAUCCGACGAUAAACCCCGGCCUCGGAUCCGCUCGCUGCCCUCGAUGUCUCUCUCUCAUUGAUCCCAACUCUAGAUAUGGAGAGUGGACGAUUACUUCAGUUCUUCACGAUUUAUCUGCGGUUGCUGGUUCUGGGAUUGGUGCUUUGCUCAGCGCUGUACAUGGAUUCAAUACAGGGAUUCCUUUGGUUCAGAAGCAUGUGAAAGGACCCAAGUGGAUGCAGAUUGCUACUGGGGUUCCCCCACUAGUAUUGUUUUCUGGAGUUGGUGCUGCCUUUGGAGCAUAUGCAGUCCCAAAGUUUGCGCAGCUUACUGUGUCAUCUUACUAUGCUGCCUACAGUGCAUCUCAUUAUGCAAUAUCACAGGCUACCCGUCGCAUAGAAAGGGUCCAUUCUUCUGAAGGACUUCAUGAUAAGUCCAGAUGAUGCAAUUCCAAGUUGUCAUCAAACCACUAGGACUGCCUAUAUCUUGUGAAUUUUUUUUUCCACGGUACAGGAUAUUUAAAUAUUUUUGGAUUUUGUAAUAUGCAUGACCUUUGUUUAUUAUAUAUUUGUGUUUAGGUAACGAGGCGGAAGAGUGCAUAAAGUUUUAAUUAUCUUAUUCGUGAAAGAACAUUAAAUGUAUAAAAGACCAAAUGUCAAUGAGUUUUUCAAAGUCU